CAACAUCAGAUACAUUCAAUGGACUGCAUUACGGAAAGAUGAUAGCAUUUAGAUUCGUUAUUUUGCUAGCAGCGGUUGUUGCUGCCACUGCAAUAUUAGACAAGCUUCCAAAAAUCCCAAAGCCAAAAAUUCCUAAAAUUCCAGAACUUCCAAAACCAAAAAUUCCAAAAGUUAAAGAAAUUAAGGAAAAAUUACUUGGAGAAGUUUGCUAUGGAGAUUUGGGUUGCUUCAGUAUUAGACCACCAUGGAAUUUGCCAAUCCUUGAAAGAGGUUUGGUAGGCCUACCAGAUUCUCCAGAGAACGUUGGUACUGAGUUUCGUUUCUACUCUCCUAAGAACGUAGAUGAGCCUCAAUACAUUUCAACCGCGAAUUUCAGUUCCUGGGAUGUAAAAAAAAGUGGCUUCAGUAGACUUGCAAAAUCAAUAUUUAUCAUACAUGGUUAUAGGGAUGGCAAUUCACCGUGGCCUGUGAGACUCAAGAAUGCUCUUAUAAAAAGAGAGAAAGCCAAUGUAUUUGUAGUCAAUUGGUCGAAAGGAGCAGGUGCACCACCAUAUAUUUUACUUGAGUAUCAAAAGGUUUCUGAUAACACAAGGGUGGCAGGAGCAGAAGUUGGAUAUUUCAUCCAAAAGUUAAUUGCAGCUACAAAGUUAAAUCCUAAGAGAGUGCAUGUUAUUGGUCACAGCCUUGGAGCUCACGUAGCUGGUUAUGCUGGAAAAUGGUUCAAGAAUAACUCCACAAAGAAAGUUGGAAGAAUAACGGGUCUUGAUCCAGCAGGUCCACGUUUCAACCGUGUUGAUCCAAUUGUUAGAAUAGACAGAGAGGAUGCAACAUUUGUUGAUAUCAUUCAUACUAAUUAUGCACCAAAUCGCUUCGAAGGUCUUGGCAUCAAAGAAACCAUCGGGCAUUUUGAUUUCUAUCCGAGUGGGGGAGAAGAUCAGCCAGGAUGUAUAAAAGCUCGUGAGGCCAGAAAAAAAAUCAUUGGUGAACUCACCGAUCCCAGUCAACUCUUUGACGUUAUAUGGAACAUUAAGAGUGGGAAAAGCGAAAAUAUUUCCGAAGGUUUUAAUGAAUUUGGAUGCAGCCAUGUAAGAGCUUAUAAACUAUUCACUGCCAGCUUAGAAGAGCCAAAAUGCAAAUUUCAAGCUUUGCUGUGUGACAGUUGGAAAGAUUUCCAAACUGGAGCGUGCGGUGCUUGUAAAGGAAGCAAGUGCGUGAAUAUGGGUUAUUAUGCUGCGAAUAAGAAGAUUUUGGCAAAGAAAGGCAAAUCUCUGGUUUUCUACCUGGAUACAAAGGGGAAAGAUCCUUAUUGUAUGGAAAAGCCGUGAAUUAACUUUGGAAAAGUUACAAAAGUUCUUUCUGUAUAGAAAAAGCAGUCAGCUAAAUUUAUAAAAAUCUUAUAAAUUUGGUGCAGAAUAAAGUGUUUUUAUUUAUGUUA